AUGGCAUCCGGAAAAUGGUACUACUCCAAAGACCAAUUAGAAAAUUCUCCCAGCUUAAAAGACGAUAUUCAGGCUGCCAGAGAAUUAAAGUACCGCCAGGACGCCGCUGAAUUAAUUCACAUAAUGGGCGAUAAAUUGCAUUUAACCAACGCAAUAAUCAAUUCAGCGGUGACGUAUAUGCACAGGUUUUACGUCUAUCAUUCAUUCGUCCGUUUCCACCGUUACCCGGUAGCCGCAGCUUCAAUUUUCCUGGCAGCUAAAUCUGAGAGUAUGCCGAAAAAUUUGGAAAGUGUGAUCCGAACUCUUUAUUCGUGCAUCUACAAAAAAAAGUGUAAUGAGGUCAACACAGAAUCCAAGGAUUUCAUAUCUGAAGCAGAAAAUGUGCUAUAUAUCGAGCACAUAAUGAUUCAGACCCUGGGAUUCGAGCUUGAUAUUGAGCACUCUCAUGCUUAUGUGCUCAAAUUCUGCCAGGAGAUCAAGGCGAACAAAGAUUUUGCUCAGGCUUGCUAUUUCCUGGCUACGGAGCUUUUGGAGACGACGACAAUGUGCCUCCAAUAUUCCCCCAAAGUAACGGCAAGCUUUUGCAUUUACUUUGUGAGCAAGCUGACCAAUUGGGAAAUCUUCGAGAGUUAUCAAGGUAAAAAUUGGGUUUAUCCUGAUAAUGACUCGGAUAUCUCUUUGGAGUUGUUGAAAAAGCUGGAGGAAGAAAUUCACGAACAACGCACGGAUGCUUUCAUGUCAGCGGCUUCAACUUCAAGUGAUGGAUGCUCACCGCCACAACAAGCUGGUUCACAGUCAGUUCUUGGGCAAGGUAUGCCUCAACAACUUGCUAACCCAAGCUUGAAGUUUGAGGAAGUUCCAAGCGACCUAGGACAGCAAUUAGCUCAGCCAAUUUAA